AACAUCAUUACUUUUCAACAUGGCGGAUUAGACUUUUGCCUGGACGGUUGUGUUAGUGUUUUGUCAUGUUUACUUUUGUGAUUGUUUAAAGUGAUUUUAUCAUAUGUGAACAUUAAUAUGAUAUCGGCGAUAAUUUCUCGAUUGGUUAUAUUGGUAUUCGGGACCCUCUACCCGGCUUAUGCUUCAUAUAAAGCUGUGCGGACGAAGAACUUGAAAGAAUACGUAAAAUGGAUGAUGUACUGGAUAGUGUUUGCUCUGUUCUCGUGUACGGAGACGUUUACGGACGUGUUCCUGUCAUGGUUCCCGUUCUACUACGAGGUGAAGAUAGUUCUGGUGCUGUGGCUGUUGUCUCCAGCCACGAAGGGGUCUUCGAUACUGUACAGGAAGUUUGUACACCCGGCGCUUUGCCGCAGGGAACAGGAAAUAGAUGAGUACAUAGCUAAAGCCAAAGAUCAGGGUUACCACACGGUGCUCAACCUGGGCACCAAAGGCGUCAACUAUGCCACCACCGUUAUCAUGCAAACAGCCAUAAAGGGAGGCGGAGGCCUAGUUCAGCAGCUGCGCAAGAGUUACAGUCUGUCGGACUUGAGCGAAUGUUCGCCGCACGACGAGCGGGGCAGCGACGAGGCCGAUGAUGUUCUGCCCGAACCUAGGCUCAUUCGCCGGGGGACUAAGAGUUCCAGUGGUUACAACACCCGCCGCAGCGCGUCGGAGUCCAACAGCCGCUCGCCAAUGUACUUCCCAGAGGUGGACGUCGACGUGAGAACCGCGCGGGCGAGGACUGACGAACCUGACUUCAGCCACAUAAAGUCGAGCGAGGACAUCAGCUCGGGCUACUCCAGCGCGGACACCUCUGCGUCCCUCUCUCGCACGGCGUCGCUCGGCGCCGGCGCACGCCGCCCGCGCGCCGCUCGCGCCGCCGUCACGCCCAUCAAACGCCCGCAAGCCGCUGAGGAAAGCGAAGUAAUCAUCGAGGAGCUGUACGACGACGAAUCCUUUGAAUUUGCGAAUAUGCCCCCUCUAGUAAAUCUUCCUUCUCCAAUAUUCUUAUCCCAAACUGACCCUCCUUUCAUAUAUCAAUAUGUUGGAGAUCAGGUCAAAAUAAUUCAAGUUCUAGGUAGAGAUUAUCUUAAUACAAGUUUUAGCAAAGACAAUAGUGAUAAAGAUAACUGGGACCAAAAAGAAUCAGCAGCUCAAGUAGCAUCAUAUAAAAAUCCCGAUAAUGACGAACAAUCAAAAGAAGUUUUUUAUGAGUCUGAAAUGGAUACCUUAGAAAAUGAACAGUUACAUAUUAUUCAAAAAGAAAUCCAUACGGAAGGCACUAUUCAAUUCAAAAGUGAGGACACUAAUGACGAUAAAAUAAACAUAACAUCAAGCAGUGACGCCCAAGAGAUCAAUAAGGUAGAUAAUUCACAAGCGAUUAUCGUAGAAAAAGUUGAUAAUGUGCAAGCAGAAGAUAAUGUCAAUAAAGUAGACGAACAUAUUGACACGACCAGUCUAGACACGUCCGUUAACGAAAACGACUCCGCCGAGAGUGACGACGAAGCCUCAUUUGGUACCCCGGAAGAUUCUCCUAAAUCAAAAAGAAAGUCCCCUAAAGGAAAAUAUGGGAAAGCUAAAGCUCCCCCACCUCCUAAACUAGAAAUGCCUAAUAUGCGAACUGAGCAUGAUAGUACAAAUUUGGAUAGCGCAUUGAGUACAACUUCCAUAGAGAGUUUAAAUGAUAUAGUUAAGAUGCUCCCUAACGAAACUUUAAAAGAAAACAGUGCAUUUAAAGGUGGCCUUACGGUAAUAAAUCCUAUAGCUGAAAAGAAACGACGACACAAGUCGAAGUCACCCGGCAGACUUCCAAAAAGUCAGGGCUCGGGAAUAAGUAAAUUAUUGCAAUUGCCUACCAAACUAGCAUUCUGGCAAAAGUCUGAAGAUAAACCGAAAUCAGAUUGUGUAUCUACCUCAUCUGAAAAUCACAGCAGAAGAUCUUCAACUAAUGAGAAACAAGCAGAGGAUUAUCAAAGUUGCCUCAAUAUUGAUGUAGAUGAUACAGCAAGUGAGAAUGUUCUACCUCAAGCAGAUAUAUCUGAUGAUCAAACGAGUUUUAAGGAUGCAUGUGACAUUGAUAGUGAAGUGAUAUCAAAUGAUAUUAUAGAAAAGAGUGAUGCUUUGCAAAAGCUGAUUGAAGCUAAAAUAGAAAGUCACCCUGAAUACAAAUUUGUGUCUCUGCAUGAUGAAAUACCGACUGCAUCUAAAAGUACAGAUGUAUAAGAAGCCUUCCUUUAGUCCCCGAGUCCAUUUAGCAUUAGGAACCGGAGUUGAGCAGACCAGCAAUGCUGUCGGCCUCUGCUACAAUACCCCGCACAAAAAAAACGAAUAAAAGGAAAACACAAUAAUUGUUUGACUGGAAACAUUUCAAUGUAUGAAAAUAAUAGGGCUGAUAAUUCCCUAUUUUUAAUAAAUUUAUAUGGCUGACUAUGGGAUGUUAUGUAAUCAUUUUGUUGGUAUUACAUGCAGCAUCUAACUCUAGCAAAUAUUUUGUCAGCUUUUUAUUACUCUUAAAUGAUUUUACUAUGGGAGCUAAGUAUGGGAGUGUUUAGGGAGCGCUAGUCAUGUAAUGUAAAGCGUCGUUUUGAAAGAAAAAAAAUGUUCGGCUCAUUUGUUUUUCACUACUUCAGGCUUAUUACAAGAAUUUUGGUUGAAGUUUUGAUCGCUCUAUCUUCCACAAUAGUACUUUUCCACGCCAACAGUAGUCAAGUCGUAAACUAGCGCAACCUUAUCAAAAACACUAUGCAAUUCCUACCUACGUAAUUAGUUCUUCCAAGCUUUUUAGUCUAGCUGUUAAUGCGAAGUAUUUUCGAAAAGACUUAUGGGACACGUUUUUUAAAACUAUUUAAUAGUGUAACGCUCAUUUAUUCGUAUAAUAUAAUCGGUUAUUUUUAUGCGAGCCACGCGCAUGCAAAUAGCCUGUAGCUAUAUAUAUUGUCGCACUUUGUAAACUGGUGUAUAUUAUUAGUGCAAUAUUUUAGGGGUAGCUAUGAAACAAAAAACUUAGUUGUGUAUGACAUUUUAUUAUGUUAGGCGACAGCAAGAUUUUAUAUUGGCGUUAGUGUCCAAUAAUACCUUUAUUUGUUGAUUUAUCCCAAAUUUGAAAAUAAUAA